GUCUCAGGCCCUCCGCGCGCACGGAGACCGCUCCACCUGCGCGCCUUCGCGCUUGCAGCCCACCCCUGUCCGGUUCUGCGCCGGCGCGGGGCCGCUAGGUCGCGCGAGGGAUUCGUGAGGCGCAUGCGCAGUGUUUGGCCCGCCGCUCCGCUGUAGCUCGGCUGCCGCCGUUGCCGCCUCCCUACCGGCAAGUGCGAGAAGGAGGAGCCGAGGGUCGCCGCCGCCGCCGCAACCAUGGGGUGAGCUGUAGGAGAGGCAGGGCUGGAGUCAGGAGAUAUGGGCUGCCUUCUUGGAGAGUGAACAGAAGCUGUCACCUUUCUGGAGCCCUAGUCAUGACAGCACCAGGCAGAGAAAGUCGAGCAAGGCCAAGGAGAAGAAGCAGAAGCGGUUGGAGGAGCGAGCGGCCAUGGAUGCUGUCUGUGCCAAAGUGGAUGCUGCCAACAGGCUUGGAGACCCUCUGGAGGCAUUCCCAGUCUUCAAGAAAUAUGACCGAAAUGGGUUGAAUGUCUCCAUUGAAUGUAAGCGAGUGUCUGGAUUGGAGCCAGCCACUGUGGAUUGGGCCUUUGACCUCACCAAAACCAAUAUGCAGACCAUGUAUGAGCAAAGUGAGUGGGGCUGGAAGGAUCGAGAGAAACGGGAGGAAAUGACUGAUGACCGAGCCUGGUACCUCAUUGCUUGGGAAAACAGUUCCAUCCCAGUUGCCUUUUCUCACUUCCGGUUUGAUGUGGAGUGCGGGGAUGAAGUCCUGUACUGCUACGAAGUGCAGUUGGAAAGCAAGGUGCGGCGGAAAGGCCUAGGGAAGUUCCUCAUUCAGAUCCUGCAGCUCAUGGCCAACAGCACACAGAUGAAGAAGGUGAUGCUAACUGUAUUUAAACACAAUCAUGGCGCCUAUCAGUUCUUCCGAGAGGCACUGCAGUUUGAAAUUGAUGACUCUUCCCCCAGCAUGUCUGGUUGCUGUGGGGAGGACUGCUCCUACGAGAUUCUGAGCCGGAGGACCAAGUUUGGGGACAGUCAGCAUUCCCACACAGGCGGGCACUGUGGUGGCUGUUGCCACUGAACUCCCAGAACCAUUUACAGUGAAGUCACUCUCCUUAGGCCUGUCCUCUUCCUGGUGUUAAGCCACUUGCCAGGUACCCCAGAGCUGUGGUUGCCUUAGCCCUGAAUGAGCCAGGUAUACCCCGAGAGUACAGAACCCUGGGGAGCAGUGACCCCAGCUGCCUUUCCACCCCCUCCUGGAAAAGCAGAGUGCCAGGAGGGAACACGGAGGGAGAGCAGGCUGUGAGAAGGGUGACAGGUUGACCACUGAGCCCAUCCUUGUGCAGUGGCUGCCUCCUUGCUUAGCUCUUGGGUCCCUAAAAUGGAAGGUGGGUCCCUUGUCUGCAGCUGGAUUUCUGACAGGGCCCCACACACCAUGCCCAUAUGGACAAAUGGCAUGUUCAUACCCACCUUUGUGAAAAGACCUGGAGUCUGCUGGUCCCCAGAAAGAUUGGAUGCAGAUCUGGGCACACAACAACCCUUGGACAUUUUUACUCUGGGGACCAAGUACUCUUCCAGAGACCAUGUAGCUCUUUGAUGCCAAGAUAAAGGGGUUUGUGCCACGUUCUUGUAGAUCUACAGUGUGGAGUCUCAGGGGACCAGCCAACUUCAGGAGGGAGACUGUGUCUCCAUCACUGUCAGUAAGGCAGAGAAGACCUGAAGAGCUGUCAGUCUCUUACAUGUUUGCUGUAGGGAUGCAGCAUCUUUGGGCAUUUGGAUUUUGCUGCAUUUCUCACGAUCUUGACUCAGCUUUUUUACUCAAGAAGGAAAUCACAGUCCUGCCUGUUCUCACACCUCUCACUUCAGCCCAGAUACCUCUGUUCUCAGUCUCAAGGGGAAUAACAUCAGGGAGCCCCUCUUCUUCCAAGAAGGACCCCUCCUUCUUGGUAUAGUUGAUACCAUUUCCUCCUACUCUUGGUGCUGAUAGCUCUCUGAAGGUGGGGUUACCCCUACACCCUCCCUGUCUGAGGAGCCCCAGCCAGCAGCAGGCCCCUUGCCUGUUCUCCCCAGCCCCAGUCCUCACUGCCUCAAUGAGGCACCUGUGCCGCUCUCCUGGCCCCACUGGGAUACAUCAGGAAUGCCUUUCAGUGGCUCACCGCUGCUUGUCUGUCACUGGUGUCACCCUACAGUGGCUGCCUUCUUCAAAGGAUGAAGAGAGUGCAGGCUUAGAACUUGAACUCAUCCUGACCUGGGCCAUGUUCUUCCAAGGAAGCAAAACCAAACCCUCACCUAGGAACACACACUUGCCACUUCCCCGUUGCCGUCCCUGAGUUCUGCCUUGAGGCAUGGCAAAGAACUUGCCUUUGUGCAGUUGCUCUCUGAGACUUCCUGACCUCAGUCUGCUCACCUCACCCCUUGCCUAACUCUGGCUGUGUGUCCUGCCUGGCAAGUCUCCCUGGAGCAGUCACCUCCUACCCAGAUCCUUGCUUGCAUGGUGGCCUGGACAUGAGGGUGCUUUGCUGCCAUGAGCUGUCCUCUGUGGAGUGCUCCGUGCUAUUAUUAGCCCUGUCAACCUUGCCUCAGAGAGGGCCUUGCAGCUUUACACUGGAACAGGUCUACCUUUGCCUGGCCUACUAGCUUCUGGGGGCUGUACCCCUGGUGAGAGUUGAAGCUGCCCAGAGGGGAUUGGUAGGUUCCUUCCAAGAAUCAUGAAACAGGAACAUGCUUGGAAGAUACUCCCUGAUCCUUGUCUGUCUUAGAUCAUGAAUUUCUGAUACCUCCCACUUAGGGGGACCAAAGGGAACCCCAAGUAUAACUCCAUGUGAGGUGAAUUGAGUGUCUUGUCUCCAGUCCACUGGCACCAGGGCUCUCAUGGUGCUCAGUGCCUGCCCUGCUCACCCUCUGCAGGCCACAUCCCCAAGGGCCCUUCAGGAUCUCUCACUGGACCAGGGGGACGGUGGCCAAGACCAGCAGAUCUCCUUUGGGUGUUGAGCCCAAUGGUUUAUCAGGCAUACAUCAUCUUCCAUCCUCAUGGUUUUAAGAAACAGAAGGUCUAGCUUCCUAUACCAGGCUCUUUUGUUUUUUGUUCAGGAUGUGUUAAAAUGUUUUUAAAGUUUUCUUUUUUGUUGUUUUGUUUUAGUGAACUCAUCCCAUUUCAGGUUAUUUUUGUUGCUGUUAAAUGUGUAUGGUUCUUUUUAAAACUUUCGGGGUGGGGUUCCUUUUUGUCAGUUUUGUUCUUUUUUUUUUUUUUUUCUAGAGGAAAGUUGAAAGAUAAAUUUUUUGUUUUAUAUAUUUUUUCCUAGCAACUUGUUAUCACUGGAAUCAAAGGGGGAAAGAAAGCAUCUCUCUUUGUGUCAGUUUUAUUUGUAUGUCAUUAAUAAAAGACACUUUGUUCAGAU